AUAUCUGGACUUGAAAUUAUAUAAAAGUAGUUCCUAAUUUAAAUGUACGUGCGCGUAAUAAAAGAAAAUGUAAUGCAACAUGAUUUUUGCUUAACGUUCUUUGAUUUUAUCUUUCAGUUUCAAUAUUGUAGCAAUUUUUUCAAAUCAAGGUUAAUUUCAUGAAAAAAAAUUAACUUAUUGAAACGUGGAUGUAUUCUUUAUAUAAACAGGAAAUGGUGUGAUUCGGUUACAUGAGGCUGUGUAUGGAAUUGUAAAAUGUAGCAAACGAUAUACAGUGUAUAUGUUACGAACUGUAUGCAUAUUUCAUCGGUUAUUUUCUGAGUUAUGAAUGCAGAUACCUAAAUUCGAAGUUGCAGGAGAAUGUCUUUCCCAGAAUACAGUGACAUAAGCAAGGACUCGCUGCAUUUUCUGUAGUCAAUUUUAGCGCAUUAUCUGAGACAGCUACAACAACAGAGUACGAAAUGGCCAGCAAUAAUUAUAGUGCACUGAGUCGUGCACAAUUAAGUUUUGAAUACUUACACACAAACUCAACAACUCAUGAAUUUCUGUUUGGUGCAGUUGCGGAAUUGGUGGAUAAUGCAAGAGAUGCUAAUGCGACAAGAAUGGACAUAUUUUCAGAACCCGAUGAAAGCUUGCGAGGGGGAUAUAUGCUGUUUUUUGUGGAUGAUGGAGAAGGAAUGGACCCAAAUGAGACCGCAGAUAUCAUCACAUUUGGAAGAUCCACAAAGAGGUCUUUAGAAGAGUCACAUAUUGGCAUGUAUGGAAAUGGAUUGAAAUCAGGUUCCAUGAGGAUUGGUAACGACCUUAUUCUUUUCACCAAAAAGGGAGCAACAAUGACUUGUCUCUUCUUGUCCAGAUCAUUUCAUGAAGAGGAACACAUUGAUGAAGUUAUUGUGCCAAUUCCAUCAUUUGAAACAAAUACAAGGACCACACUGGUAACAGGUGCUAGAGCAAAAGAAAAGCACAAGUUAGAAAUGGAAAUCAUUCUGAAAUAUUCUCCCUUUAAGACAGAGGAUGAAUUUUUUGCCCAGUUUGAUAAAAUUGAGGGCAACACAGGGACUGUUGUUAUUGUAUAUAAUAUGAAACUGUUGGACAGUGGAGAUCCAGAAUUGGAUGUCCUGUCAGAUCCCACCGACAUUCUCCUGGCCAAUCCAGAAUCUGACUUCGACUCAGACGAAGGUUUAAUGCCAGAAAGGAAAUCAUUCCGAGCAUACACAGCAAUACUAUAUGUGGAUCCUAGAAUGAAAAUUUACCUACAGGGCAAAAAAGUCCGGACGAAAAAACUAGCGUGUUGUUUAUAUAAACCAAGACUUUUUAAGUAUUCAUCUAAUCGAUUCAAAGCUCGAUCAGAGAGUGAAUUCCAAAAAGCAAAAGAAGAGGCCAAACAAGCGGAGUCCAAAUCAAGAGAGGCAGAGAGCAAAGCCAAACAUCUUGAAAACAAAUAUGGUGAUUCAGUAACCAAAGCACAGAGGACAGAGUUAAGAAAGGCACAGGAACAUGCAGCAGAAAUGAAAAGAGAUGCACUUCUCAAAAAGCAGGUAGCAGAAAGAAAAAACAAGGCUCUCAAGGACCCAAAACUUUUGAACUUUAUUUUUGGGAUCAACUUGGAAGACCGAGCUCAUGAUGGGGUGUUUGUAUACAACUGCAGUCGACUCAUUAAGAUGUACGAGAAGGUUGGACCUCAGAUGGAAGGGGGAGUAUUCUGUAGUGGGGUGGUAGGAGUGGUGGAUAUCCCAUACCUGGUACUGGAGCCCACACACAAUAAGCAGGACUUUGCAGAUGCCAAAGAAUACCGACACCUUCUAAAGGCCAUGGGGGAGCACAUGGUUCAGUACUGGAAGGACAUAGGCGUGGCACAACAAGGUGUUACAAAGUUUUGGGAAAACUUUGGGUAUAUAUCUCAAAAGUGGAAAGAUCCACCAUCACAAGACAUGAAGUUUAUCAGGAAAAGAUCCAUGCAGAUUAAUGUUACAUUACAGUGUGAUAAUUGCCUUCGAUGGCGUACGUUACCAUUUUCCUCAAAUAAUAUCGGCAAAGAUUUCCCCGAUGACUGGGUGUGUGCAAUGAAUUCAGAUGUUCAACAUAAUAAAUGCUCAGCAAUAGAACAAAAGAUGAAUAUAACAGAAGGUAUCCUAAAGAAAGAAGUCAAAUCCAAGGAACAGAAAACAAAAGACAUAGAAGAGGAAAUUAAGAAAAAGCAAGAACUACUAGAAAAAAUGAAUAAAACAAAGACAGUGACUUCAUCCCGGCAAGCAGCAGAAAUGGCGAGAAGAAAGCGAGAGGAAGAGGAGAGAAAAGAAAGGGAGGAAGAAGAGAGAAGGCAGAAGGAGGCAGAGAAGAGGAAACGAGAGGAGAAGAGGAGGAGAGAAGAAGCAGAGAGAGAAAAAACAAGGAAAGAGAGGGAGAAAACUGAAAGGCUGGAGAGAGCUAGGAAAGAGAGAGAAAAGGCUGAACGGGAAAGGAAAGCUAGGGAGGCAGCUGUUGCUGCCAAAAAGAGAGCAAUGUCUCCACCAGCUGCCAAAACAAAAGUCACAGUAAACAAUUCAUCAAAAUCAAAAGCCAUCCGAUCCCCAACAGUGUCACAGUCAUCCAUGAAGAAUCCACGAGUCACGCUCACCAACAUCAGACCUGCACAGAAUUCUGACGAGAUAGAAGAAAUUGUGAAUUCACUGGGGAAGAGGAAGUCUCAUGUCUCUAGUGAUUCUGAGGAACCUGCCAGUCCUGCCAAAAGAUCUAAAGCCACAUCUUCUGUGGACUCUCAAAGUGAUAGUCUUAACUCUAAUAAACGAAAAUCUGUGAAGACACAAGCAGAAGACACAGACGGUGAAUCGCCAGCCGUAAAAAGAGGAAGAUCUGCAUUUAGUAACUCCAUAGCAGAUAUAUCAUCUUGUGAAGAUGAUUCUAAAGUGGAGAACAAUGAUGUUGGAUGUUUGUCAUCAACAGAUGCUGACAGUGAUAGUGAAAUUGGGACCAAAGUAGAAGUUCAAGUCAGUAAAAAAUGGUAUACUGGCCGGGUGAUUAAAGUCAAUCAUGCUGAUAAGAAAUGGAAAGUGAAAUUUGACAACAAUCCCAGAGACAAAUACGAUAAAUGGUUUGACAAAGGUGGUACAGAUAUUAAACUCCUUAAUGGUCAUCCACUGUCCGAGUCCACAAACCACUCCCCACCUUCCCCUGCCUCAUCACAGGACAUAGCAGCAGAGACGCCUUCAUCGUCAACAGCAACAACUGCCGUGGCAACGUCAUCUGAUCAGGUGACGGAGGAAAUAGCGAAUGGUUACAGGACGUGUUUGCGGUAUUUCUUGCCCCCUCAGUGGAUCAUGGACAAGGACAGCAUCACCACCAUGACUCUACAGGAACUAGCAAAUUUCCCUCUAGAUGAUUUCUUUGACCAUUAUGAGAAAGGCUUGCGCAAGUUGGUAGGAAACUUCCAGACAGAGGCAGCACAAAGAAAGCAGGAAAGCGAGGCAGCAGUGACUAAGCUGUCCUCAGUUCGGAAGCUCAUCGCCAAACUUCUGAAGUCAAUCAAUGAGGAGUUUGACAUUGAUCCCGAGGCUGAUGGAGACCAAGUCGAUGAACUUCUUGCUGCGUGUGUAAAGCAGGCCGUCCAGUCACAAACAUAGAGCCUCCAGUUCUUCAAAACCUCAUCCAGUCAGCCCCGUGGAGCCACCCUACACAGUACCCGGAACAGUAUUUUGUCGGAGUUUCAACUGCUGGGAUGUGUUGUCUACUUCCCCUUCAUCAGCUGGUGCUCAUGUAGGGGGGCAGUUCCUGUGAAAACUACACAAUUCUAUUCAGCCAGCUUUGUUCAUAUGUCAUUUUGUAGGUCAUAGGAUAAUGGAAGAACCUUUAUGAUCAAAAGUACAAAUGUACAACUAUAUCUGUUUUCUCCUGUGAUGCUGUUCUCUGUGGAAUAUUCCAGAAUGUUCAUUUAGUUCACUACACACAAAACUGUCCCGUUUUUGUGUAGAAAUAUGUUUUGAAGGUACUUGAUUUUAGAACUGUUGAUUUUAAGGUUAUUAAUUGGUGUCAGAAAGAUAUCUGUAGUCACAAGAUUAAUGAGGACUUGAAAAUGAAAUAAUAAGCCAGUUUAGCUUUACUUCGUGCCUCAGUUUAGUUUUUAUGCACAAAUUAUAACAGAUUAGUUUUUACCAAGGCAUGCUUUGGCAUCAUUUCUAAUCAUGAUUGUAAUUUAUAUUUGAGGCUAAAAAUGAAAAGGACAACCAAGUGUGUUUUAUGUGUAUUGUUAAAGGUUUUUUUUUUAGCACCCACUGAAGUAUUUACAUGUAGGUAUGUCACAGGAACAGUUUUAAAUGGAAGAAAUUUUCACCAAAGAAACUUUCGAUCUGAAUGCCCACAUGCACCCGGUAUUGCUUCUCUUAUCUCACUGUAAUGUUGGUUUAUGGAGUAACACCCAUAUUUAUAAUAUUGUUCAUGGAUUCACAUUUUUUUAAUAUUUACAGCACUUUAUUUACAAGGUUUACAUCAUGAUUUUUGUGUUAAGAAGGACUUUGCAUUUAUUUCAACCUUGUGUACAAUUUAGAUAAGUUUGAAUGUAAGUACAGUAUAUGGACAGACUUUUCUUUUUUAAUGUUGACAGAAAUACAAUAUUUCAUUGAAACUUAUUUGAAGCAAAGUUCUCUUUAAAGAGACAUCAAGAGUGAGUAACUAGAAUCUCUAUGGGUGUUAAGGGAAAAAAUGUUUACGCCUAAAAAUGAUGUAUCCAAACCCAGUAAAGGGAGAUAAGUUUGUAAGUUUUGGUGCUAGUCUAUAGUAUUUGCACAUUAUAUUCCUUCAACUGAAAUUCAGUAAACCUACACUUUGUACAGUGAUGUGAACAUUUCACUGGUUUCUUAAAUGAUGUCAUUUUUUAAUAAUGUACAAUUUUAUUGGUACAUUUGUGAAUGUUUUUAGCGUCUUGUGGUGUUUUUUUUUUUUUUAUCCAGUUUCACUCUCAGGUUGUCAUUUCAUAUAAGUAUAUCAUUUAUAGUUUAUUUUUGAUUAUAACUGAGACAGAAUUAUUACUGGAAUUUACCAGAUAAUAUAAUUUAGAUUCUAGUCUCAAUUUUUUUUUUGUACAUAAGGUUAAAGACUGAGCAUACUGUUUUUAUAUGCCCUUUGCAGUGUGUCUGUCGAUCUGUCAACACAUUGCAUGUCAAGUAAAAACAGUCCUUAUAAGGGUAGGGUCACCAAACUUCGUACACAUGUAUGCAAUGGGUAGAGAAAGAAACCUAUUAUUGUCAAGGUCAAACUUACUCGGGUAAUUCUCUAGCCAUAAACAAGAUUGAAACAGUACUAAUAAGGCUAGGUUAACCAAACUGGAUACACAGAUUCAACCAUCAUAAACAGGUUGUAUUAUGAUGUGAUGCAGUGUGUCUGUUGAUUUGUCAGCAUUGUAUGAGAAGGAUAAAAAGUGUACUGAUAAGGCAAGGAUAAUCAAACCUUGUUCCCCACUGCCUCUUAUUUUUCAAGAUCAAAGGUCAAGGUCAUACUUUCUAAACACUGUCAGGGUUUUCUUUUUUACUAAAGAAUGGUUUAUUUGGAUGUUAUCAUUCUUCAUUAUUCCAACAUUACUGAAUAUAUCGCACAGAUAUAUUUUGCAGCAGGAGCAUUGCUCUUGUUGCUGUCUCUGCAAUCAUGGACAAAGCUACAUCAGAUAAAGAUGACCAUGUCAAGUGAAGGGUCACACUUUGUUAGGUGUACAUAUCAAUAGCAGAAUUCUCUUGGCAAGACUGUUUCCGUUGCUGUCGAGUUCAUCUCCGAAUGACUGAAAAGUGGUUGAAAAUUUCAUCGUUUUUGUUUUACAAGAAGCUUGGGGAUCAUUUUGUUGAAUGGUUUCUUUUGAAUGAUAUAAAUCAUUGUUUGAGAGGUCCAUUUCAUUCCAUGUACAUUUAUAUAUUUAAAUAAAAAACUUGUGUAGUUGUAUAUAUAUAUCACAGGACUCCUUUCAUUAGUCAUGGUUUAUCAGGUCACAAGUACGGCAUUGAUAGUAUCGCAGUAGAUCAGUGAGUUUGUGUGAUGUGAGAAAGAGAAAGAGGAAACGCGCAUAGUAGAACAAGGUUGUAUAUAAUACGUGUAGAUUGUGAUCUUGCAGUAUAUCACUUGUCAUUUUAAAAAACUGAAACAAUUAUAAAACCUUUCUCAAA